UGUCAAAACCUACAUUCGUGUCUUUCUUUCGAUACAAUUUCAUUUUAUAAAAUUACUUAAUAAUAUUUAGUUUCACAUAAGACAAAAAACAUGGAGAUAGAUAAGGAAAAUGUCGUCCAAGCUGUGGUUAUUAUGGACACAUUUAAUGACCAUUUUAAUCCUAUUAGUAAAAGCAAGCCUAUGAGUUUAUUGCCGGUUGCAGGAGUACCCCUGAUUAACUAUAUACUGGAAUCUCUGGCACACGGAGGAGUAGGUGAAGUAAUUUUAUUCUGCUGUCAAGAUGGACCAUCUAUUAAAGAUUAUAUUCGAAAAAGUAUUGAAAAUAAAGCAAUAUGGAGUGUUACCAUGGAUGUUCAGGUGAUGAUGUCUGACAGUUGUCAGACAAUGGGAGAUGUGAUGCGGGAAAUAGAUGCGGCAGGUCUUAUCAGAGGCUACUUCAUAUUAGCUGGGGUUAAUACUAUCACCAACAUUAAUUUUGGAGCCUUAUUGGAACAACAUAAACAGUUAUGUAAAAAAGAUAAAGGUGCCGCAAUGACACUGGUCUACAAGAAAGUUGCCUGGGAACAUCCUUUGAUAAGCUCUGAUAAGCCAAUAUUCCUGGCAGCAGAUGCUAACACCAACAAGGUUUUAAUGCACCAUAAGUACAAACCUAAAUCAACUGAGAAAUCUAUUAGUCUUCCACUGGAAGUGGUAUUGAAUCAUUCUGAGGUGAAAUUGCAUCAUAAUUUGGCUGAUGCAAACAUUGCCCUUUGUUCACCUUCAGUGCCCCCACUAUUCUCAGACAACUUUGAUUUUCAAACAAGGGAUGAUUUUGUACAUGGAAUAUUGAUAAAUGAGGAAAUUCUCGCAAGUUCCUUAUAUUAUACAUUGUUGAAAGGAAACCAGUAUGCUGCAGCUGUUACUAACUGGAAAACCUACCAGACUGUUUGCCGUGAUGUUCUUCACAACUGGGCAUACCCCUUGUCCUUUGAAACUGGUUCAGCCAAACAAAACAAUUAUCUCUUUAUGGGAAAUCACAUCUUCAGGGAAAAGUCAUCAACAUUGAGCAGAUCAUGUUCAUUGGUAGAAGAUGUAUUGAUUGGAUCACAAACCCACAUAAACGAUAACACAGUUGUAUCUAAAUCAAUGAUUGGGAAAAACUGUAUCAUUGGAAAUAAUGUGACAAUCACAGGAAGUCAUAUUAUGAACAAUGUUGUUAUAAAAGAUAACUGCAAGGUGAUUAACAGCUUUAUUGAUGAGCAGUGUACAAUAGAAGAGAAUUCUGUUAUUGAAAAUGGUACUAUCAUAGCAUCUAAUGUUGUGGUUGAUGCUGGUAGUCAAUUAAAAGGGUCAUUAUUGGAGAGCUCAGAAGUUGAUAAAGAAAAAACAUUGAUGAAAUCAACAUCAGAAUGCACAGAAUGGGAGAAUGAAUCAUCUGGAAGUGGUGGUGAUGACUUCAUUGGGUUUGAGAAGACCUGGAGUAGCAGUGAAUCUUGUUACUCUUCAGAUGGAAGUGAUGACUCCUCUUUACCAGACUCUCCUAUACCAGAUGAUACAAACAUAUUCUUGCAAGAAGUUAUUGACAGCUUAGCAAGAGGAUAUGAAGAGAAAUUGAAAAAUGACUAUCUUAUAUUAGAGAUCAACUCAUCAAGAUAUGCAUACAAUAUUCAACUACAUGAAGUCAACUUUUUUGUUGUGAGGGCCUUGCUGAGCAUGCCAGUUCUGGCUGAAAAUAAAAAUGUCCUCAAUACUGUGAAGGACAUAUUGAAGUACUUUAGGCCAGUUUUGUCAAAUUACAUUAAAACUAAAUCUUCUAUUAUGGAUUGUUUGAGAGCUGUGGAAGAUAGCUGUAUCAAAUGCGAGUGGCUAGAUGGAAAAUCUGGCCAAAUACUCCAUUUGCUGUAUGAAGCUGAUGUGGUAGAUGAAGACUCUUUGAUUGAAUGGCACAAAGACUUGGAGGAGAAUGAGAGUCCUAUUGCAAACCAGACAUCACUAGUGAAAUUCUUUGAGUGGCUUGAAGAAGCCAGUGAAGAAAGUGAUGACUCAGACUGAUUUGUAAAUUUGUAAAUAAACACUAUAUUCUUACAAA